AGUGCUUGAGAGACACCGUGUGAUGGAGACCGCUUGCACACACAGCAUCCUCUUCCAUCUCUAAAGCAGCUAUCCCUGCAGCUGCCCGUCCGCUGACCCUUCAUUCCCGUGUUCCGAAACUUCAUCAAUGCGGUUCUUCAGACUCACCUUCAAGUGUUUUGUGGAUUGCUUCUGAACACCCCCCUCACUCCCCGUGGUUCCCUCAAUAUAUCUUUUUUUUUUUUUUACUCUUAUUUUUUUAAGACUGAAUAAAUUAAAAAAUAAAUAAAUAUAUUUUUAUUUGUUGCUGAAAAAAAAUAUAAAACCUCAAAAAAUGCGAAGUAUACCAACGCCGAAAGAAAAGACCUCAGAAAAAGUGGGGUGUCCCAUGGUCCCAGAAAUGGAAGGAUGUGAGACAACAGGAGGGGGGGAUGCAGUCCCAGGAGAAAAGGCUGUGAUGACUCCACUGGUGGCUCCCAGCAUCGGCCCAGUAAAAAUACCCAUCCCAGAAAGAGAGACCUGGACUCGUCAGAUGGACUUUAUCAUGUCAUGUGUGGGCUUUGCUGUAGGGCUGGGUAACGUCUGGAGGUUCCCAUACCUCUGCUACAAAAAUGGAGGAGGUGUGUUUCUGAUUCCAUAUCUGUUGAUAGUCUUUGUGGGAGGAAUUCCAGUUUUCUUCCUAGAGAUUGCAUUGGGACAGUUCAUGAAGCAAGGUGGCAUAGCGGCUUGGAAUAUCGCUCCGCUUUUCAAAGGACUUGGAUUUGCCUCAAUGGUUAUCGUGUUCUUCUGCAACACAUACUACAUCAUGAUACUGGUCUGGGGUCUUUACUACCUGGUGCACUCAUUCACCAACACUCUUCCCUGGGCCACCUGCGGACAUACCUGGAACACCAAGGAGUGCACCGAAGUCUUCCGCUUAGAUCAGUGCACCAAUGGCACGGCACCCAAUGGCACAGAUGCCCUGUACAACAUCAGCUGUGAUGCCCUGGCCAGCAAACGCUCACCUAUCAUAGAGUUCUGGGAGAAUAAGGUCCUGCAGAUAUCUGGGGGUCUACAUGAACCUGGGCAGCUAAACUGGCAAAUGAUCCUGUGUCUGCUUGCAACCUGGGUUAUUGUGUAUUUCUGUAUCUGGAAGGGAGUAAAAUCCACAGGCAAGGUUGUCUACUUUACAGCUCUGUUUCCAUAUGUUGUUCUGAUUGUACUGUUGGCGCACGGGGUCACACUUCCUGGUGCUGUGGAUGGCAUUGUAUACUAUCUAAAGCCUGACUGGUCCAAGCUUGCGGAAGCGCAGGUUUGGAUAGACGCUGGCACUCAGAUAUUCUUCUCUUAUGCCAUUGGCUUGGGGGCCCUCACAGCCCUUGGCAGCUACAACAGAUUCCACAACAACUGUUACAGAGACGCCUACAUAUUAGCUGCUAUCAACAGCUCCACAAGCUUCUUUGCCGGCUUUGUGGUCUUCUCAGUCCUGGGCUUUAUGGCAUCUGAGCAGGGAGUUGACAUAUCGAAGGUCGCAGAGUCUGGUCCAGGACUGGCCUUUAUCGCUUAUCCAAAAGCUGUGACACUUAUGCCUUUUGCUCCUAUCUGGGCAGCUCUGUUCUUCUUUAUGCUAUUGGUCCUUGGGCUUGACAGCCAGUUUGUGGGGGUCGAGGGAUUCAUAACCGGGAUCAUGGAUUUGUUUCCUCACCCUAUUAAUGGCUUUGUGCGCAGGGAGGUCACCGCCGCUCUCUGCUGCCUCGUGUGCUUCAUCAUCGAUCUGUCCAUGGUGACUGAGGGCGGGAUGUAUGUCUUCCAACUUUUUGACUAUUACUCAGCCAGUGGCAUCACCUUGCUGUGGCAGGCGUUUUGGGAAUGUGUGGUCAUCGCCUGGGUGUAUGGUGCUGAUAGGUUCAUGGAUGACAUCGCUCGAAUGAUUGGUUAUCGUCCCCUCCCGUAUAUGAAGUGGUGCUGGUCUGUUUUCACUCCCUUAGUCUGUGUGGGCAUAUUUCUGUUCCAUGUGGUCAACUAUAAGCCGCUGACCUACAACAACUCGUAUGUCUACCCAUGGUGGGGCGAGGCCAUCGGAUGGGGGCUGGCGCUUGCCUCUAUGCUCUGUAUCCCACUCACUGUCUUCUGUAAGCUGCUGAAUGCCAAGGGCUCUCUGCAGGAGCGCUGGCAUCAUCUAACCACCCCAGUGUGGGGCCACCAUCAUCUGGAAUACCUCACACCUGAGGCCGAGGCGAAGUUGUUGCCGCCUGACACCGCGACCCAGCUUAAUAAGGAGAAAGCGGCUCUGUUUGAGACAGUGAUAUGAGUUCCAUGUCCUUCUGUGCCAGCCGCUUGCCAGGCCUGCUUGGUUAUAUCUCUUUGUGCCAACACUUUCUUUAUGUAUAUUGUAUCUGUGCAGCUUGUAUAAAAAUGGGCAGAAAUCUCGGUAAUAAUGUUGUGACUUGCCCAGUAACUCUCCUCGGGGUCUACAGAGCUAAACUUGUGUGCAAAGCCAUCCAUCAGAAUUAAUAUUAAAAUGUUGGCAUUUGAAAUUUUGCAGAUUGUACAAGUCUGGUUAACCUCUUGGCUCCCAGACAGGCCAGAAGCAUAUAGCUUUUUCUAAAGGUUAACCUUGCAAUCCUUCAAAUGCUGCAACAUUGUAAAUGGAAACAUGUAAUUAGAAUAACUCAGUAUUCCACUGUGUGAGUAUUGUAGUUGCUUAAAAAGGUCAGGUUACAUUUGUUUUAUCUAGAGGUGUAGAGAAGAGCUCAGUAGUGUGCCAUACUAUAAAGGGCAGUGCUCAGUAGUGUGCUAUACUGUAAAGGGCAGUGCUCAGUAGUGUGUCAUACUAUAGGGCAGUGCUAAGUAGUGUGCCAUACUAUAAAGGGCAGUGCUCAGUAGUGUGCCAUACUAUAAAGGGCAGUGUUCAGUAGUGUGCCAUACUAUAAAGGGCAGUGCUCAGUAGUGUGCCAUACUAUAAAGGGCAGUGCUCAGUAGUGUGCCAUACUAUAAAGGGCAGUGCUCAGUAGUGUGCCAUACUAUAAAGGGUAGGGCUCAGUAGUGUGCCAUACUAUAAAGGGCAGUGCUCAGUAGUGUGCCAUACUAUAAAGGGCAGUGCUCAGUAGUGUGCAAUACUAUAAAGGGCAGUGCUCAGUAGUGUGCAAUACUAUAAAGGGCAGGGCUCAGUAGUGUGCAAUACUAUAAAGGGCAGUGCUCAGUAGUGUGCCAUACUAUAAAGGGCAGGGCUCAGUAGUGUGCCAUACUAUAAAAGGCAGGACUCAGUAGUGUGCCAUACUAUAAAGGGCAGUGCUCAUUAGUGUGCAAUACUAUAAAGGGCAUGGCUCAAUAGUGUGUCAUACUAUAAAGGGCAUUGCUCAGUAGUGUGCCAUGCUAUAAAGAGCAGUGCUCAGUAGUGUGCCAUACUAUAAAGGGCAGUGCUCAGUAGUGCGCCAUACUAUAAAGGGCAGUGCUCAGAAGUGCAUCAUACUAUAAAGGGCAGGGCUCAGUAGUGUGCAAUACUAUAAAGGGCAGGGCUCAGUAGUGUGCCAUACUAUAAAGGGCAGGGCUCAGUAGUGUGCCAUACUAUAAAGGGCAGGGCUCAGUAGUGUGCCAUACUAUAAAGGGCAGGGCUCAAUAGUGUGCCAUACUAUAAAGGGCAGUGCAUUAUCGUAACAGCCAGGCAGAAAUCUGACAAGCACAGCACCAAAAACCAUGCCACCCCUUGAUACCGCAUUAGGAGUGCCACAUGUGGGUCAUAGCUUGCUGACUUCUGCUGUACAAUAAAGUAGGGAGUCCCACAGAAGCAGAGUAUAACCCAGUAGCCAAGCUUUGUCUUUGUGUGUCUCUAUAAUGACCAGCCCUCAGUGACUCUAUAUGUCACCCUAUGUUAGUUUGUUAGGGACAAAUGGCUUUAAGUCUCUAGUUUCAUCUCACAUUAUGUUUGUUUUUAUCCUCAUGCAGACAUAUAAUCCUAUGUAACCACUUAAAUAUACCCAUUCAAUUUGCGAUAUAUUAAGACAAUUUUGUAACAGUUAUACAAGAAGGACACUUUAUAAAACAAAUGUGAAAUGGUUUAAAACUUGUAGUAGGAUUCAUUUUCUAAUGUAUUUCUUGAAAAAUCAAAACAGAUAAAUCACUUUAAGCUCCAGUCCUUUUCCUGUAACCCAGAAUGCCCUUCGAUCUAUUGGUUUCAGUCCUGUGAUCAGUAUUCAGUGUCCUUAUUACCAGGGGUUUAUUAGGAAACUUUUGAUGGGCAAGUAGAUAAAACAAAUAAUAAUAUUUAAAUCACUGAUGACAUGGCAUAGUUCUGUUGGCCAAUAAAGGGGUGAUUGGCUGGUCACACCAGAGUGAGCUGGUUACACCUCAUACCGAAAAUAUUAUCACAUGAAAAUGAAUAAAUCCUUACCUAGUAAUCAGCAAAUUCUAAUUAUAAAAAUGGUUAAAAAAAAAAAAGUAUUUGUGACUGCACGUUAACGUCUCUAUGGGGCCACUAAGGAUCUUUUCUAAAACCAUCUUCUUAUUUGCCGUUGGGUGCCAGUGACAAGUCAUAUCAGUUAUAUUUUCUUUCCACGUAUAAAUGUAGUGUUCUGACCCUAUUACAUAGGACAUCAGUGAAUUGUAUGUAGGGGAGUUUAACUGUAAGGAUAAUAUUGUUUUUCACUACCAAAGAGAUACUGAUGUGGUAUUAGAGACAGGUAGAAAUCAUAUGAUUGCUUAUGUCAUAUACCUAUUGCAUACUGAAAACAAUACUGUACAUAUGCAAACUUACCAUUGUAAUGACUAAACCCCUCUGAGGUUGUAGCUCUGAUUAAAGAAGAUUAUAUAGUCUAGGAUGUCCAGUGUUAUUUUGGCCAGACUUUCAUGAAAUGUUGAAGCCCCAGUUGUGGAGGAUUGUACCUAAUUUGAGCCACAGACCUCAUUAAAGGGAAUCUAUAAAGGGACGGGCUAAUGAGUGUAUAAAAUUUUGUAAUGAAAUUAGAGAAUUAUUCAUUAACGUUUUCGCUGAACGAUUUGCUGAAAGGUGUUUAUUCCAAUCCUCUAGUAUUUGCUAUGCACAUCCUUCCUUCUCAGCUUGACAUUCUUAAAGGGACAGUCUCAUACUACCAGUUUAUUGUGGUACCAUUUAACAUCGAGAUCAGCACCACAUGCAGAACUAACUCAAGUGCCAGUUGGUGUAUUCUCUGUGUACUGUGCCCAGAGUAUGCCCAUGGGUGGAUUGACUUAUUGGUCAAUGGGACACUGAAUGAAGACCUGCCGCCUGUCCAUCCACCUGAUGUGAAUUAGAAACGCAAGUGUCUAAUUUACUUUGAUAUGACAGUGAUCAGUCAAACAUAUUUGCUGUCUAUGCAGAUGCGCUGCUAUUGUGUGCCCAUUUUUGGUUCAGCACCUGGGUAGUGCUUGCUGAUUAGUGGCUAAAUGUAGUCACCAAUCAGCAAACACUACCCAGGGUACUGAAACAAAAAUGGGCUGGCUGCUAAGCGUAUAUUCUUGCUUUUCAAAUAAAGAUACCAAGAGAACAAAGACAAAUUGAAAAUAGGAGUAAAUCAGAAAGCUGCUUACAAUUAUAUGCCCCAUCUGAAUCAUGGAAGAAUCAAUAUGGGUUUAGUGUCCCUUUAAAGACAAGUGCAUGGAAGGUCUGGUGCUAAAAUAUUCGAUCAGUUAGGGGCAUAAUAUAAAAUAUCUGCCACCAUGAAAAUGCUAAAUGAUUUCAGCAAAUGUAACAAGCACAAAACACUGAUUAUAAAAUAUUUAGUUAAGGUAACUAAUUAAUUAAUUGACAGAUUCCCUUUAAGUGACAAAGUUGUGGGUCAUGUGACUAGGGCACAUAUUGCCUUGAAAUUGGCAGAUCAGAUUUCUGCUAUUUCCAAAUUGUUUGAGUAGAAUGGAAUGACAAUUUGGGCCUUUAAAGGGACAGUGUGCUCAUUUUUCCCCACGCUCUUCUAAAAAAGAGAACAUUGUACAGUCAUUUGUAUUAGUCUAUUUAAUAGAUGUGCCUGUGCAGAAUAUUUACUUGUCAGGUUUGUGGAGGCAUGUCCCUCACAGCCAAUACAUCUGAAUUUAAAUUUAUAUUUUUAUUUAACCCUGAAUUUUACUAAAGCCUUUUUUAAAAGUAAAAUUAUAUUUUAAUUGUUUUUUUGUAGUACAGUAUUUGUUUAAAGGUAGACAAGUACCAUUCCAGCCCUGACAGUGUUACACUUAGACCUAUAUUGCAUCAGAUAAUAUUGUUUGCAAGUCUCAGAAUAACCAACUGUAGUGUGAUGUGUUAGUAUCACCAGUUAUCUCAGGAUUGUCUAACAAAACAUGGGUUCAACUGAUACAAAUAAAUUAUUUAUUUUUGAACAGAUUAGAAUAUUAUUUUUGUAGGAGCAGCUUUGCCAAACGCAGGGUAUAACAUGAAUAUAUACUUAAAUAAAGAGAAACUUCUGCUGGCAGUUGUGAGUAGAAUGGGGUCGUUUUAUGUAUCCGUUAAGUCUCAUUUCUUUAGGUAGGUGAGGGGCACCAGAACUUAUUAUGCAACAGGUGUCUGCACAUUGCUUUGCGGAGGAAGCCUGGCACCUAUUUGCAUUUGGAGCAAGUGAAAGCCUGGCAUUCUCUGCAUUGGUAGCUUGGCAUUCUUUAUUGCCCUAUGCAAUGAGUUCUUGUCACCAUCACGCACUUUUCUGGUAUCCUCUCACACCCCGUGUUCCCAUUAUGUGUCUCUGUAACAGUGAGUGUUGUGUUAGCUUUGCAUGUGACCAGUGUCUGUAAUGUGUUGUUUCUACAGCCUGUGUUUUUGUCGGUUUAGCUGUGCCGCUAACAGACCUACUUGUCUACUGUACAAAAAGAGCAGCCAGCCACAGGGUGUAUUUAUUACCAAUAAAACGUACAGAUUAUUGCUGCCAGUCAAGAGUCACUGAAAACUUUGGUGCAUUUGCUUGGGCAUCAUUGCAUCAUAAGUGACUCUAUCCUUAAAGACUCUAAGGAUAACCAAACUCCUGCAGUAUUUCCCUGCUAGAGGCAAUCUGAUAACCGUGCCAGGGUUCUUUAAACCAAUCACAUCCUCACAAGAUAGUGCCAAUGAUGUUCCACAAAUAUUCUAUAAGCAAUUGACAUAAUGUGACCUGCAAAGUGCCCAUAAUGCAAAGGAAUAACGUACGCCAAGCUAUACUAGUGACCUGCGCUCUGGGUAUUCACAUUACUGCAGGUUACAACCAAAAAAUAAAUAGUAGCAAUCUUUCUGAAUAUUGGGAUCAGUGAGCCCUCAUUAGACAACUAGGCAGCAUUUAUUUGUAAUAAAAUGAAUGAAUAAAGCUUUUGGCGAGAAUAUGAGUGAGAUGUCAUCAUGCCAUAGAAUUAAGACUUUGAAUAAUUCUGCCCAAGGCACGGGUCUAAUUGGUUUAGGGUGAUAUUCCAGGAUAUAGAAACAGUUUCUUAAACAUCUGUAAGUUAAUGAAAGUAGGUAAUGCUGACUGGUUAAAAAACUGCAUUUAAGAUUGACAACAUUACACACAUGCCACUGUAUGAUACAAUGUAACUGUAAGGCAAGGACUAAAUAUUACCAUGACAUGCAAUACAUCAUUAGGCUGCAAAUGGCUGUAUUGAGUAAAUAUGAAAUUGGCUACAAGUGUAACUUGUUUGACAAUAUAACUGUAUGGCAAAGGUAAAUAUUACACAAAAUGCAAUACUUAUCAUUAGGCUAUGGGUGACAGUAGAGAGCAACUAUUACAUUUGAUGCAAGUGUAACAGUUUGAGACAAUGUAACUAUGACAAGACUAAAUAUUACAUAGUAUGCAGUACUUAUAAUUAGGCUGCUGGUGGCAGCAGAGAGUAAAUAUGAAAUGUAAUACAAGUGUUUGACACAAUCUAACUGCAUUGCAAGGUUAAUAUUAUAUGAUGUAUUGUAAUUAACCUUAUAGACUGAGAGUAGAAAGUAAAUAUGGAAUUUGAUUGAUUCAAGCCCUUGCAGCACAUAGUAUAACGUUGGCAUGCACAGUUACAGCCUGAAUAACCUCUUCAUGGCAGUAACACAAGAUUGUGCUGUAACAAUAAGUUACUGGUGUGUUAAUUCUCUUUCAAGAAGCUGAUUUCAUCAUUGAAAAUGUGACGUGUCACCAGCUGCUGAUUGUCACUGUGCAUUUGUUGGGUUUAUAUAGUCGGAAUAAAAGACGCAAGAACCUAAGCACCAAGAUGGUACUAUAACGUGUGUAUCAUAGCUCUCAUGUCACCAUGGGAACAAUGCUGUCACAUAUACAAUGUCACCAUAAAAAUGUCACUGGCAACAAGGGGAGGGCACACUCCUGUUAGCCCUUUGGGUGCAAUGGAGAGUUAUAAUGUAUUACCUGUCAAUGUGUUUCAACACUGUCUGGCACCUAAGGAGUGCCCCAUUAUUGUAGGAAGGCACUAGUGAAAAUAUAAAAGGGGGCUUGUUGCUUAGUUGAAGUUUGCAUCACAGAGAUAUAUCUUCUAUGCACUGAUUUCCAUUGGAUUCACAUAUAUCAGUAGUGUGGGCAUUGCAUGAUAUUGGUGGCAGCAGUGGGAUGUGGUUUCUUGCUUAGGGUCUGCUAGAGUCAUUGUUUGGCUCUGCAUUUAAGCCAUGUACAUUUCAUGCUGUUAUGCAUUCUUAUAGUUCACUAUUUACUAUGAAAUAUUACCCUAUUCUUAUGUUUGUUCUGAAAUCACACAAAUGUUUUCCUAUAUACAGUACUGUGGCUGCCAUUUACUCUGAAUUCAGUUUAAAAAAACCCAGACAUUUUUUGACUAAUCUUUUUAGUAAUGUAGAAGAUACUCCUUAUUACCUAAUACUAGUGGUGCAGAACAUCUGUUUAUAUUUGCCUUCUAACAUUCACCAAAUGAAAAACUCAUAUUUUUUUAACUAAUAAUUUAAAGAACAAAUGAUGUACAGUACAGCUGAUAUUAAUUUGUUCUGCAUACAAUUGCUGUUCAGUGUUGCAGCUGCGUAUUAAGUGGCCUCUCACACAAGGUCACAUCCCACAAUGCCACGUAUCACACCUGUCACACAAGGUCACAAAAUGUCACACAAAGCCAUUCUUAUGUCAGCUUUGUUAUGGCAAACAGCUUUGUAAAAUGUAUUAGACAAUCUUUCUGCCAAAUACCACAGUUGUUGCCUGUAGUAGUGUCUGUGUUUUAAUGUGUGUGCCAAAAGCUCACCCUAUUCCCAUUGUGUCCCCCUCUAUCUGCCCCCUGACCUCUUGCGCCAGUGCUGUAUUCUCACCUCAUAUUUUAUGCCACUAUAAAGUCUUUCUAUAGGUCAUAUUUUUAUGAGUAGAUAUCAACUGUAUAAAGAAAAUAUGAAAAAGUUGCAAUAAAAUAUAACAGACGAGUUGAAA